AUGAGCAACGACGCUACUACUGCUCCCCCUCUCGCCCAAGAAGCAGCAGUGGAGACUGUUGGCAGACCAUCGAGUUUUGCCUCCAACAGGAGCACCUCGACACAGGUAGGGAAAAUUUCAGACGAUUUAUCCUCUACAGUUCCUUUGUCUGUUUUUAUUGUGAUACUUCUGUAUUGUCAUUUUAUUAGAGAGGGUGACUAUCGCUAAUAAAGUGGUCGUUGCCGGGAGCUAGAACUUGGCUUUCAGUUUCACCAUUUCUCAACUCUUUAGGCCGGCACUAGGUGACUACUAUCAGUUGGUUUCAUAUUUUCCGACUUGAACUUCCAACAGUCUUAUAAAAGUGCAAAAGGAGAAUCACCUGCGUCAAAUAUUGAAUAUUGUAUCUCAGAAAUGAUAUCUAUAUCUGGUGGCAUUGUAUCAAAUGAAGUUUCUAUUUAUCCGAAAUUCGUGAUAAGCAAGUAAUGCUUCUUGGUAGCUGCAUAUAAAUGUGGUAUAUUUAAGUCUUAAAUGAAAGUUUGUCACCAGUCUUAAGUUGGUGUAAAGAUGGCCUGGAACUAAAGAUCAAAUUUGUGCACAUGCUACUUCCAUAAAAACCAUUGUUGAGGAGCUAGGGUGUACAUGCCAUGAUGAGUUUAAAAUAAUUGGUUAAGCAUUCAAUUUCCUCGUCAGUUAGAAAUCAGCCUUUAUGUUUGUUCUGUUGGGUCACUGGAUGCUGAUGUGUCACAGAGCGGAGAUGCUGUAGGGAGUGUCAAGCAACAACUGUCAAAAAUAUUCAAAGCAUCCCUUCAAGCAACUUUUCCUAAUGAGCAGGAUGUUGAGCCACUUGUUUCAGUUUCCACUGCAAAGUUUGGUGAUUAUCAAUGGUACGAGUUCCAUUUUUUGUUAGCUUAUGAGAAUUUUUGUUUCUUUUGAUUUUAAGUUGUCUUAUAAACACGGUCAAGUUUCAAUGUUUGUUUUAUUGAUGUCAGUUCACUUUUUUUUUUAACUUUUUUAUAACACAAUGUUACAGUUCAACGAUCCAUAUGCCCCUGGUACUGAAUCAUGGAUUUCUUUUUCAUGUAGUAAUAAUGCAAUGGGUAUGUGGUCUAAAAUAAAAGGAAAAUCCACGGAAUUCAGCAAUCCAAAUUCUAUUGGACAGGCAUGUAUAUUUUCUCACACUUAGUGGAGACUGUUCAUUAUUAUAUGAUUGACCUUAUAGAAUUCGUUGAUCAUUUAGUUAAACCGUAUUCAUAUAAUUUUUGGGGAUUCCUUUUUGAGGACUCUGAGUAUAUAAUUUUUUUCCGACAUACAGUUUUAUUGAUCUUAUCAUGUUUAUACCUUUUUAUCUAUGUAUUCUGGCAGGCUCUAGUGAGAAAUCUCCCUGCAUCUGAAAUUAUAGAAUCUACCUCUGUUGCAAAAGCUGGAUUCAUUAAUAUUAUUCUGUCAAAUGCUUGGAUAGCUAAGGUAAAGAAUUUUCGUUUCAGUUAUUCGUAGGAUUGGCCUUGUCAUGCAACCAUAAUUUUUAUCGGUGCAUUGUUUUCUUUGUUCGUAGCAUAUAGAAAGAAUGCUCUUGAAUGGUAUUGAAACUUGGGCGCCAAUCAUUCCGGUGAAGAGGGCAGUGGUUGAUUUUUCAUCGCCAAAUAUUGCAAAAGAAAUGCAUGUUGGGCAUCUAAGAUCAACGAUUAUUGGAGACACUCUAGCUCGGAUGUUGGAGUUCUCAAAUGUGGAAGUUCUGCGAAGGAAUCAUGUUGGUGACUGGGGUACUCAGGUACAUGGACUUCAUGAACGCUGCUGUAUAUUAUGGCGUUAGACUGAGAUAUCUGUAGGCUUUCUGGUGCAAUGCAAUAUUGGAAAAUUAAAUAAAAUAUGUUGUCAGUUGUUGCUUGAUAUUAUUAUCACAUGAUUCAAAUACAAAUUUUGGUUUGUCCUCUCUGAUUCUAGUGAUUUGCUUAAACAUUCCAUGGAGGUAGGCAUUUUCAAUAUUCCAUUCCCAUGCUGUGUUUGUAGAAGAUUAUAACAGUGUAAGACAUUGUGGCCUUUAGGUGCACUUAAUGACUGCUUUCUGCUGGAAAUGAUGAUUCCCCUGAUUAUUUAGAGGAUAAUGUACUUUGAAAAAUUAUAAAAUGCUGAUUUCUGUUUGAAACAUGACUGUUGCAGUUUGGUAUGCUGAUUGAAUACCUAUUUGAGAUGUCUCCUAAUGGGGAAGACGCUGGGCAGCAAGCCAUUGGCGACCUCCAGGUGGGUAACCACAGCGAGAAAUUCCUCCUGGUUCCUCAGUAAAUGAAUGGACUGCUUUUGUUGGUUAAUGUUCUGAAUCCCAUAUCAUAGUUGAUUUUGUAUACAAUAAGACGGGCUACGAAAGGAAUAUUGGGUUCCAGUUUUUGAGAACUUCCUUUUACGAUUGCAUUAUUUUUAAAUACCUAUUUUAUUUUUCCCGUGGGCAAUGGCCGUUGCUGCAGUCUUAGUCGUUUAUGACGCUUGAAGUUUUUUGGUCGUUUUUAUCCAUUGUAAUUGUGGAAAAAUAGAUAAGAAAUGAUAAUUCUGACGUAAUAAUGGCCAUGAAUCAUAUUUGGGUCCUUACUCACUGCACUUUUCAUCUUUUUAACAUAUCUUUCGUUCCUAAUUCAUCUUGUUUAUCUGGAUAUAGGGGUUAGUACCAUGUGAAUAGCCAGUGAGAAAUUCAGGUUGAUAGAUUAACAAAUCAGAGCAUUAGAUUAAAGGUCACUAUUUUGUCUUGUAACUUCAGAUUUUAGGUUGUUCCUAGGUGGUUGGUAGUAGUUCCAUCUCGGUGAAACUGGGGAACAACGAAGGAAAGGAAGAAGAAGAAGAAGAAGUGAAAGAAGAAAUCAUCCUUUACUGGUAACUCUAGCAGGAGCUUCUCUUCCUCUACGGUUGGGUCCAUUGGGUAUUGGGUCUGUUUUUUCUUUUUUUUGGUGGUGGUGGGGGGGGAGGGGGGUGUUGAGGUUCAUAUGAAGAUGUGGGACAGGUUGGUUUACAAUGUUUGAUUUGUUCCUUAGGUGCCCAUGUCAGAUGCUUGACCCCAGUGAAGAUCAUAGAUGUGGUCAGCAUGAUAAAAAAGUGCUAAUUCGUAAAAACAUCAAACUGCCGCAACCAGCACCAGAAUCCGAAAACCCAUGGUUUCAUAUGGUUCAGCACAUCAGGACAUAGAUAUUAAUUGUGUUGUACAUUUUCCGGUCUAUGUUGGUACGAGAUUGGAGCGGGUCAGGGAAUAGCUUCAGGGAUCUUGCAAUAAUGUCGUAAAUAGGGAAAAACAUUGUAUCGUUCUAUCCCAUGAAGCUGCAAAGGAUGAUUAGCAUAGGGGCGUCUGAAAUUGGCUUUCAUAAGUCUACUUUGACUGCAGGAUUUCUACAAAGCCUCAAAGAAGAAAUUUGAUGAGGAUGCUUCCUUCAAAGAAAAAGCACAAAAGGCAGUUGUUCGACUUCAGGUGAUUUUUUUCUGAUAUGAUAUUAGAUGUGAUUCUUCUGCUGGGAUGUGACACUCAUAUUUUCGAAAUACGCUAUUUAGAUUUGAAAAUGAAAUUUAGAUUAACUUUCUUGUGUCAUCAUCCUGUAAUUUCGGUAAAAUUCAUUUCUAAUCCUUAAAAAUGUCUGCGUGGUACCUUUUGCUCUGCUGAUAUUCAGGGUGGAGAACUGAAGUACCGUAAUGCAUGGAAGGAGAUCUGUGAGAUCAGUCGUCGGGAAUUCGCUCAGGUGUAUCAGCGCCUGGGGGUUCAUCUAGAGGAAAAGGUAAUAUGGUCUUCCGAGGAAUGAUUCUAGUGUGGUUGAAGGGACGGAGUUGUAGGGUCAAGAUGGUACAUGUUUACUCUUGAAAUCGAAUCUCUUUUCUUUGGGUUUCUUUGCUUUCCUUUAAUCUUAUGUCCUGAAUCUUUUAUGCAUUUUAGCAACGCAAUGGUUUCUUUCAAGAUUGAUGGUGAAUUGAAAGUGCAGUCGUUGGGUUGAUGUAUUUUUCAAGUUUCUUGUCGCUACUUCAGUUUUGCAAAUGAUACUCUGUUUCAUUUUUACUUGUUUGAAAUCUAAACCGUGUUAAAAUUUGUUGUGUGAUUACCUAUCGAGAGCAUUGUACUGGCUAGGUAAAAAUUGAUCUUUAUCUAUUGUGGAAGUCACAAUACUUCAAAUUGCUCAUGAUUUAUUUUCUAAUCCAGUAAUGAUUACUUGAUGACGGUGUAAGAUUAGUAGGGGAUUCAUAUUCAUCUGUUUGCCGAAGGCUCACAGAUUGACGUAUUAGGACUACUGUAAAAUCCAUGUUGCUCCGUAUGAUCUGCUUCUUGAAAGUGUGAAGAACGAAAAUAAACAUCCGAUUUUCGCGGAUUGGUAUACUCGAGAUAAUUCCGGUAUGGAUUGGCCGCUUUGGAAUAAAAUGGGUGCAUGCGAAUCCAAAUGUGUUUAUAGAGGGAAAGGGGGAGACUUUUAUCUGUCUAGUGUUCUUUUCUAGCUGUCUUAUUUUUGCCGGUCUGUAUCUAGUUGAAGAGAUCUCUCGUUCAUUUUUUUGUUUACCUUAAACCACUGUAUAAGGUGCUUGAACUUUGUCAUUUUUUCAUCUAUGUUUUUCUUGUUGAUUAUUUUUUUUCAUCUUCUAGUGUUCCGGUCAAUUUAAAAAGUUGUAGCCUAUUUUUCAUAGGGGGAGAGCUUCUACAAUCCAUAUAUUCCGGAUACCAUUCGGGAAUUAGACGACAAAGGGCUAGUUGUGGAAAGUGAGGGUGCUCGAGUUAUAUUUAUUGAGGGGCAACAAAUUCCAUUGAUUGUUGUGAAAAGUGAUGGAGGAUACAACUAUGCUUCAACUGAUCUAACGGCAAUCAGGUUUGUAAUUUUUUUUCUGUGGAUGAUCGUCUCAUUCAUGUUGGAUUAUAACCUCAUGUGCGUUUCUUUGACAAGAGUGAGAUCGUCUCAUUCGUGCUGGUGCUUCUGGUAUUCAGGUACCGGCUCAGGGAGGAGAAGGCAGAGUGGAUCAUAUACGUGACUGAUGUCGGCCAGCAAAACCAUUUUGACAUGGUGUUCAGUGUAUGCAUUACGGACAUAUUUCCAUUAGACGAGAUAUUGACAUGGCCUAUUCUUUCUUCGAUGUUUUGAUGUAAUGUUUCUCCUGCGUGCUCUAUCUUGUCCCUUAUUUUAUACUAAAUCCAGGCUGCACGACGAGCUAGUUGGCUUCCUGAGUCUGUUGGCAGUUCAUUCCCGAAAGCUAGCCACGUGGGCUUCGGCCUUGUUCUUGGUGCUGAUGGCAAGAGAUUUCGUACUCGCAGCUCUGAAGUUGUCCGUUUAGUGGAUUUACUUGAUGAAGCGAAGAAUCGGUGCAGGAAGGAACUAGAGCAGCGUCUUGAGAAUCACGGUAAGGUUCUGUGAAUGGGUGUGAUGAUAUGUGUUCAACUGUUGGUAGACUAUUCGUAAAGCAAUCUGUAGUCAUGUAAAUAUUUCCAGCAUCCAGCACCGCAGUUUCAUCUAGAAAAGAAGGACUAGAACAUCUGCUUGUUCUUUGAUUAGGGAAACUUGGGGAGUGGACCGGCCAGGAGCUUGAGAAAACUGCGGAAGCGGUUGGCUAUGGAGCUGUGAAGUAAUCCCUCGUCAACCUUCACUUUUUCCCCCCGGUCGUUUUUCUUGUUACUGCUAGCUCGACUUGCAUUGCAGAUCGAAUUCAUGAACAAUAUCUUAGAACUGAAAACAUUAUCAUUUGUAAUAAGUGUGUGUGGGGGGGGGGAAGAUAUUACUUAAAUGACUUUAUCUGGUAAUGCCUUUUUUUGUAGAAUAAGAUUAUUAAAAAUCUACUUUAUCCAUUGUAAAGUGAAGUGUAGAAUGGCAUGUAUGAGCUUAAAGGGUUGCAAUAAGUGAAGUGAAAGUAAUGGGUUCUUACUGCCAGCUGCUUUGUGGAACCCAUUUUUGUGUCAUUCUUACUGUAAUUGGUUUGGUUUCCUUCCUGUCAAGGGGGGCUGUAGUUUCUGAGGCAUUAUAACUUGCACCUAUGUGCGAUUCAUUCUCAUGGCAUGUAAACGUCCAUGUGACAGGUACGCAGAUCUGAAGAACAACCGGCUGACCAACUAUACGUUCAGCUUUGACCAGAUGCUUAAUGAUAAGGUUUGUAUCCGAUUCUCUGUUGGAAUCUUAGGCACAUUGCUUAACUCUGGCUCAGGCCAUAGCUGCUGCAUGGUUGCCUUUCCAUAAAAACGACAACUUUUCGGAGUCAACGUUGAAAUUAAAACUCUCUUUUCGGAGUGCAGUCAAUUUUCUUGUGUUUUAUCUGGGUAAAAAAGUCAAGGUGAGACCUAGGAUUGGAAGGAUUUUUGAUCACCAACGCCAGUGACGGUUGAUGGAGUUGUCUCUGGGUUCUACUGUCCCUUACACCAACUUGAAGGUUCAGGUGGCCCAGGUUGCCUGGUUCUAUCAAGAGGAUUCCCCACUAUUCCUCAAUCGAAAUCAGAUCCAUUCACCACCCCGUUACAUUUUCUCAUUAGCAUUUUUUUAUAUCUUGUUUGUCAGUUUUUUUGGAAUCAAAUUGCAUGGGUCGAGGUCAUUAUUAUAUUAUUCUUUCUAUGGACAGGGAAACACGGCCGUUUAUCUCUUGUAUGCUCAUGCCCGGAUCUGCUCGAUCAUCAGAAAAUCCAAUAGGGAUCUGGAGGAGCUCAAAAAGGUUCUGUUAUUUUCGGGGUUAUUUUCUCAAAAUAGAAUCACUCGUGUCUUCGUAUGCUAAAUUUAGAAAUUAGAGUAUUUAUUUUUCUGGCAUCAUAAUAACCCGGGGGGGAGCUUCAUUUUUGGCAUCUAUAGGGGGGAGGGAUCUCAUUAAGCCAUGCAGAUGAACGCAUCCUGGGCCUUCAUUUGGUCCGGUUCGCAGAGGUAUGUGGAGCUUUGCUCACCCUAAACCCUACUCUGAUCUCUUGUUCUAACUCAGUCUAACCUACGCUCUCUUGUUUGUCUUUAUUUCGGUUGACCUUGCCUACCCACCUCCGGCUAUAUAUAUAUAUAUAUUAGUGCUUCCUGUGGGUCUUCCUGGAUCGAUGUUUCCAUCUCCGUUCAUGCAAUAAAAAUAGCUGUAAUUCAGGGGGAAUAUUGUGGGCUAAGGGUUUCUCCCUUCUUCCACAGGUCGUCGAGGAGGCGUGCUUGAAUCUCCUUCCGAAUGUGUUGUGCGAGUACCUCUACAAUCUCUCCGAAACCUUCACCAGAUUCUACACCAGCUGCCAGGUAUGGCCGUGCUCUGCUAGAGAGAGAGAGAGAGAGAGAGAGAGAGAGAGAGAGAGAGAGAGAGAGAGACGGUUUUAGUGGUGCUCCUAUUAUGGGUAUUGAGCUCUGUCUGUGCGAUCUGGCAGGUGAUUGGGUCCGCAGAGGAGAGCAGCAGGCUGCUGCUGUGCGAGGCCACGGCUGUGGUCAUGAGGCAGUGCUUCGAGCUGCUGGGCAUCGAGCCUGUCUACAAGAUAUAG